AUGGAAAAGCACUUGGGUUUGCCUUCAGUAAUUGGAAGAUCAAAAGUCACAGCUUUUCAACAUAUAGUUGAAAAAGUGUGUAGAAAACUUGAGAAUUGGAAGGUUAAGUUCCUCUCACAAGCUGGUAAAGAAAUCCUCAUCAAGGUUGUUGUUCAAGCUAUUCCUACCUAUAGUAUGAAUGUGUUUUUACUUCCAAGAACUUUAUGCAAUAAGUUGAAUUCUCUGAUUUCAAAUUUCUGGUGGGGUACUAAUGACAAAACUGCCAAGAUUCACUGGAAAGGGUGGGAUAGUUUGAGUAAAAACAAAGUAGCUGGGGGACUUGGUUUCAGAGAUUUGCUAGCUUUCAAUUCUGCUUUAUUGGCCAAACAGGUGUGGAGGAUUCUGAAAAAUCCCACAGCCUUAGCAGCAAAAGUUCUCAAGGCUGCUUACUUCCCAAAUAGCUCUAUUUUGCAGGCUAAAGUUGGAUCCAAACCUUCUUAUACAAGGAAAAGUAUCAGCUUAGCAAUCAACACUGUUAAAGAGGGUAUGAUUUGGAGAAUUGCCAAUGGAGAAGAUGUUAAAAUAUGGCAAGAUAAGUGGAUUCCAACUAAUAAUUCUAGAAAAGUAAUGUCCCCUAUAAAAAUAUUGUCCUCGAAUGCCAAGGUAACAGAGCUCAUUGAUCCUAAUACUAGAUGGUGGAACAUGCAGUUGCUUCAUGACAUUUUCUGGAUAGAAGAUAAACAACAAAUCAUAAGAAUACCUAUUGCACAGACCACUCAUUUAAGGGACAAUAUAGCAUGGAAGUAUACAAGCAAUGGCUGUUUUACUGUCAAGAGUGCCUAUCAAUUGUGCAAGCAAAGGCAAGAUUAA